AGACUUGCCUAUAGUACUAUAAGCUGGAGACUACCUAGCCGGGUCCGUCCUCUCUUGGGAGUUGCUAUUCUACUUCAAGGAGAUAGUACCAUCCGUUGCUUAGUCUUUCUCUCUGUUUACUUGAGUCCUGUCACCAGAAGUGUCUGUGAUAUACUAUCACUUCUCUUAUUAUUAUUUUUGUAAUAAUACCUCGUGAUGUCUGAAGAACAACAGGACCAGCAAGGGAAGGAAGGGUUGGUUAGAUUAGUCGAUAUAAAAAAGAAGCUAGGUUUCGAGAGAGAGGAAAUUUACGGAGUAUUCAAGUACAAUACAAAAGGUGGUUUAAAAGGAACUGGUCCACCACCUAAUUCUUCAUCAAAAAAGGUCCUUGCUAGACGCUGUGUUUCAGCUGGUGCUGUACCUCCUAAGCCAGCAAUCAUGUCUCUUGCUUCUUCUACUUCUACUCCUGUCACUUCUAAAGUAUCUACUCCUCCCAGACCAGCCAGAAGACCUCCCCCUCCUCCAAAGCCUUAUCCUUCGAGACCCGAUCGUAAAAAAUCCUCAAAUACUGUACCGAAAGAGGCCACACCUUCAAAAGAUAAUCACACGAAUCACGUGAGCCCCAGUAAUGAUGCUCCACCCUUAGAUGAUGGGGGUGUGUCUGCAGGUGGUAUUAGUCCUAGUAUUAUUGCUAGGAUUGAUCACAGACCGAAAAUGUUGACCCCAGACUUAGAGAGACCAAGACUGCCCACCCCUACUACUCCUCCUCCUUCCUCCCCUCCCCCUGUUCCUUCUCCUCCUUCCUCUCCUACUCUUCGCGCUCUCUCUCCUCUUCGUUUCUCUCCUCCUCUCCUCCCUCCCCCUCUAGAGCUUAAGGAAAAGGCUAUGGUCAUAAGCCAAGAGAGACAAGUCCCCGGGAGUAGCUACAGCGAAGUGACUCUUAAAACUUUAUUGAGGCCACCCAUACCUUCUGAGCUCAUGAAAGAUGGAGCUGGUAAUUUUGAUGAUGACCCUGAUCCUUAUGACGUAACUACGCAUGUAUCGAAACCACCUGAUGUACAGAUAGAUCCUGGGCACGAUUACUCGCUCUUACAAACAGUUUCUCCUCCUCCUCCUCCUCUUCCUAAUGAUCGUUUAUACGACUCUAUUGACGAGUCAUUAUCACCUUCACUAGGGGAGAGAGGGAGGGCCGGCAAGGAAAGGUCGCCACGCCCACCUUUAAAACCAUCGGAACCAAAUAAGUCGAGAUCUUCCUCGCCCAAGCCACCACCUCCUCCUAAGCCAACACCUCUUGGCAGCUCCGCCUCUUCAAGGGGUGCAUCGGGUAGUCCCAUGGGAAGGGGAACUCCCCCUCCUCCCCCUCACCCUCGGUCAGCUAGCCCUGCCCCUAGAGGUGGGACGGAGGGGUUGAAGAAUGAAUCCCCUGGUCCUCGUCGUAAGCCUCCAGUUCCUGCCAGCAGACCUCCUCCACUGCAUCCCAAGAGUCCGUCCCGUUUAAGCCCUGCACCUGUAACAGAUACCUUUUUUUCGAAACAAAAUUCGGAAUCGAAACCAGCCGAGGAAAAAUCAAUUAAUUUUAGUGAGAUUGAUAUUGAUGCCAUCACCUUGCGAUCUGCUGAGGUUAAAAAAGAGGUGGGGCAUCCGACCACGCCCCCACACAAGAAAGGAGCCACCCUACCCACACCUACAAGAGCACGACCACCUCCUUCUCAUAUUUACGAUGACGUGAUGGAAUUCAAGACAAAGCAGCGAUCAAACUCGCUUGGUGACCCCAUUGAAGAUGAGGAUGGAGUUGGAGUGAAAAAACCGAAAGACCCACCCAGAAGGAAGGCCCCGCCCCCUCCAGUACCGAAAGGCUCUCCCCCAGUCACUCACAGACCUGUACAGGUCAAUGACAGGAAAAACCUGACACUAGGACGUCUGCCGAGAAGUGACCCUGAUAUUGAGUUAUCAACUGGCGAAAACAAGCUACCAAAUAAGGACAUCAAGAAGCAGAGCCCGGCCACGCCCUCACCCGGGAUCAAAUCGAAAUUUAGAACUUUUUUUCGCGGGGGUUCGAAAGAUGAUUCUUUUAGUGGACGAGGCUCGUUUCGUAAAGGAAAAGGGAAGACUGAUGUUGUCAUUACCAGCCCAACAGAGAAUCUGGGUACUGGAUCAUCAAAGACACUACCGGCACCUGCAAGACCAAGGGGGAGGAGCAUAGACCCUUAUAUGGAAAGCAGUGGUGUGAUAUCGGCUUAUUCUUAUGUUACCAUAGAAACAGAUGAUAAAGAUGAUGAUGAUGAUGAUGAAGGUGAUAUCCCACAGAGUUUCGCUUAUACUGUAAUUGACAUCAACUCUGUCUCACUGAGAAAUAAAAAAGGUAACAAAUCCUCCGAAAUGCGUCGCUCACGCUCUGUGGAACACCUCUACGACAUGGCAGGAGGUAUAGGAGGGGAUGGGAGCGCCAAGAAGAGAUCACCAUCUCCUCUUGUUAAGUCUCCAUCAAUACCCGAGGACAUCGAUGAUCUUAGCUCGCAUAUAUACGCAUCGGUAGAUAAAACAUUAAAAAAUAAAAGAAAAGAAGAAGUGAAAGAGGAGGAGGAGAGAGAGGAGGAAGAAGAAUAUGCAGAAGAUGAAGACAAAGCAGAUCAAAACGAGGCUCUUCACGACGAAAUUGAUAAAUUGGAUUCUCCUCCUCCUCCAGUCCCACCUUUUAAUGGACACGUUUAUGCUGUAGUGAGUAAAAAUGGUCCCAGAGUUGAACCAACUAAAACUGACGUCUCUCCUCCCAAGGCUAAUAAGAGAGCCCCUCCACCUGUUCCUGCUCCUUAUUCUCAAAAUUCGUCACCGGAGAGUCCUCAUGCCGUGACCACACCUAACGAAGCAAACGUGCCAAAAAUUGUGACUCCACCUAGUGAUACGGAGGUUACCACGGUAACCACUCAAGCCGCUAAUAAAUACAGUCACUUGUUAAAAAAGAAAUUACCUCCACCUUCCCAUACUCCUCCCCCUCCUCCUCCUAAUAAUAAUGGAUCCUCUAGACCUGACGAUAGCAGUACUGAUAAUUUAACCCCCACACCCUCUUUAAUCAAACCGCACAUGACAGCAUCUAUAGAUAUCAUGAAAAGAGCUAGGCACGAUUACGAACAGAUUGAUUUUGAUGAGCUGGCCUCUCACUCUCCUUUCUCUUCCUCUUGCUCUCCAAAUCUCUCGAGUUCUUUUCCUUCCUCUACUCCGCCCAGCUUUGCUGCCCCGCCCAUUGCUUCCCUAGCUUCCCCAGCUACUAAUUCAUUAUCUACCACGCCCACUAAACGAGUGGUUCUUUCAAAGACUCUCCCCCCUCCUCACAAGUUGAGAGAGUUGAAACCAAAGGACCGUCCUGCCCCUCCUCCUCCUUUCUCUAAAAAGUCUAAAGACGAUAGCAAGUUAAGCAGCACUGCUGCUAUUUCUCCUGUACGUCACGGUAAAUACAGUGUAGAUGGUUCCAUGCAUCAGUUCCUCUUCAGUGAUAGAAGGACUACCAGUUUCAUUGAGGCUGGUGGUCCUCCUGAUGCCAGUGGCCCUUUAAUGAGUCCUAGUGCUAGUUCCAGUACAAUAUACUCUAGUCCAAUGGAUGCUGCUGAUGAUGAGAGUGAUGUUAGCAGUGAUUGGGAUGCCUCCUCUGAAGAAGAGGAGGACAAGAAAGAGCAAAAGGAGGUAAAACCAAAGAUUUAUUACAUAGCCCGUGAGAUAUUGACUACGGAAAGAACAUUUGUGAAGGGUCUGAAACUCCUCCAUGUAGAUUUCCGCCAGCACAUGGUAUCCGCCAACAACGCUCACGAGAAACCCGUCGUAACGGAAGAGAUUCUCUCUCAAAUACUCUCAAAUAUUGGGAGCCUCUAUCUCCUCAACUCUGAGCUCCUCAAAGAGCUAGAGGCAAGGAUGUCUGCCUGGGACACUGAGCCAAGAUUAGGCGACAUUUUUGUUAAAAGAGCUCCUUAUUUGAAGAUGUACUCUCAGUACAUCAGUAACUUUGAUACAGCUCUCAAGACUCUGGAGGAACAGCAGAAAAAGAAUUCCCUUUUCUCUCAAGUCAUCAAAGAGUUUGAGUUAGAGCCAAUGUGUUCCAACCUCACAGUGGCUGCCUAUCUACUGGAGACUGUUCAAAGGAUACCAAGAUAUAAGCUAUUAUUAGCUGAUUAUAUCAAACAUUUGGAGCAAGAUUCAGCUGAUAGGGAAGACAGUGAAAAGGCACUAAGCAUAAUAUCAUCAGUGGCUACACAUGUCAAUGAAACAAUAAGGCAAAUGGAUAAUUUCAGAAAGACCGUUGAAGUCAGUAAGAGGUUGAUUGGAGAUGUGGGGGAUUCGCUUCUUUCGCCACACAGGAAAUUGUUAAAAGAAGGAGAGCUGGUCAAGAGCUCUAGGAAGGAGAAGCAGCCGAGAAUGUUCUUCUUGUUUACUGACCUCCUCAUAUACGCAUCAGCUAUUCCACCUGCCAAUAAUACAUACAGAGUUAUAAAGAGAAUCCCUCUUGAUGGAAUGAGAGUUCAAUUGUUGGAUGACCCCGAGUUAAAGAACGGGUUUCAAAUUAUAUCAACUUGUAAGUCAUUCAGACUUGAUGCUGCUUCCAGUGAAGAGAGAAACCAAUGGCUACAGGCAUUUGAAUCAGCCAUUAAAGAUCACACUCAAAGAGUUAGGAGUAGACAGAUAAAUAGAACCAGUGUACUAGUGGAAUGUACUGAUGGAGGUGUGACUGACAGUAAAGAUCUAGGCUCGUUAGCCCCACCAUGGCUUCCUGACAGCUCUGUUAGCAUGUGUCAACUCUGUAGCAUUCACUUUACUGUCACUAGAAGGAGACACCACUGCAGAGCAUGUGGCAUGAUAUUCUGUGGUGAAUGUUCAAGCUAUAUGGUUCCCCUUCCUUACAAGAACAAUAAAAUGAGUCGAGUCUGUCAGACUUGCUACAACACACUCUCUGAAACCACUGAUGAUGUCACUGACCUAAAACCGGUAGGAAAGAGACGAUCUUUAAGACAGUCACAGAAGAAAAUCAGCUUACCAUCCGUACUAAGAGAAGUGAGGGCAAGAGAUGAAAGUGCUCAGAUAAGUGGAUACUUGUUCUACAGAGACGAGAAGUCAAGAAGCUGGAAGAGGAAGUGGUUUGUAGUGUAUGACAUGGUAAUUUAUCAGUUUAAAAGACACGAGGAUGUUUCUGCUCAGAGAAGUGUUCCUUUGCCUGGCUAUACAGUUGUGCCAGCUGCCAUUUCUGAUCCACUAGUAUUCUGUCUCCAGCACACUGGAGCUGGUAGAAUACAGUUUAAAACUGAAGACAAGGAGCAGCUCGAUAGAUGGGUUGAAAUUCUUACUAAAGCUGUGAAAAUUGAAACUGACACCUAGCCCAGCAUUUGUAUAGUAACUCAAAUUGCCCUUAUAAUAUAUAUUAUAGUCGUUGUAUGUUUUUGGAGUGGUAUGUGGAGAUUUUAUUUUUUUCUUUUUCAUUAUUUGUGUUUGUGCAGUGUAUCAAAUAGAACUUACAAUCAAUGUGCUAUUAUUGCAUUUUGUACUGGAAUAAUAAUAAUUAUUAUUAUAACAAUACAAAAA